GAGGAGGAGGAGGAGGAGGAGACGGAUACACACAACAUGAACAGGUCUGACGGGACACACCAGGAGAUCAGCAGCAGAAACAGGAAGUACCAGGUGGUCUCGGUCCUCCAGGUGUCCAACAUGUCCUCCAUCCUGCUGAGCUUCUGCAUCGUCCUCGUGGCCCCGCUCUGCAAAGGUCAAGGAAGUGACUGCAGCUGUAACGUCACCAACAGCCGCUGUGAUGAGUCUGGAGUCUGCAGGUGUGACCCCGGGUGGGAGGGCGAGCGGUGCGAGCGCUGCGUGCCGACGCCCGGCUGCCGCCACGGUUCCUGUCAGCAGCCGUGGCAGUGCCGCUGCGAGGCCGGCUGGGGGGGGCGCUUUUGUGACAAAGACCUGUCGCUGUGCUCGGCGAGGCCGCCGUGUCAGAACGGGGCGACCUGCGUGAUGGAGGACAGUGCCGGGUACACCUGUCUGUGUCCCGGAGGAUUCUACGGCCGGAACUGCCAGCUGAAGACCGGCCCCUGUACCCAGAGGAGGUCUCCAUGUAAAAAUGGCGGUCUCUGUGAAGACGCCGACGGCUUUGCGGUGGAUCUGGCGUGCCGCUGCCUGGCCGGCUUCACGGGUCGGCGCUGUGAGACGGACGUGGACGACUGCCUGAUGAGACCGUGUGCCAACGGCGCCACCUGCCUGGAUGGCGUCAAUCGCUUCUCGUGCCUCUGCCCCGCCGGUUUCUCCGGGCGCUUCUGCACCGUCAACCUGGACGACUGUGCCAGCCGGCCCUGCCUCAACGCCGGCCGCUGCCUGGACCGGGCCGGCGGCUUCCACUGCAUCUGUCGGCCUGGUUACGCCGGAGCCACCUGCGAGACGGAGGCGAGGAGCCGCGAGCCUGGCCGGACGGCGGUGCCGGGGUGGGAGGGGGAUGGAGGAGCAGGCAGGACCAGACCUUCCGCGACCAUAAACGAGAGGAGCGGCGCCGGCACCAGCGGCGGGAACGGCAGUCGUGAUGGUGGCGGGCCUUUUAAAGUGACGGUGAGCGAACGGCGCACCACCGGCCUGUCGGAGGUCCACCUCAUCGUCCUGGUGGUUCUGGCCGGCGCAACGCUGGCCGUGGUGGCUCUGACCGCCACCCUCGUGCUGCAAGGCUACUGCAUGGCCUGUGGCCACACCCCCUGCUGGCCGCUGACAUCAUCAUCACAACAUGGUGGCCGGCGGGCGCCGCAGGAUGAUCUGGGGGGUCAGAUCGGCUUCCUGUACGGAGCGGAACCAGAGAAGAAGAAGCUGAAUACCGAGGUCACUUAGACGGAGCGAACAGAGAGAGGAGGACAUGCUCUCUGAGGUCGGAGGUCAAAGGACCGUCAGGUCUGAAGGGGGAUCCAGUUCUCCGAGUCAAAUCCUGGUGUUAAUAAGCCGUGACCAACAUGUUUGUAUUCAUCAUGUGACUCGUGAUGUCUUUACCCACAAUUCACCUCUGGCUGCAGAGAUGGGCCGCGGUCACUCGAGGACAUGGGCCGUUGAGGAAGACGUUGGGAUCCGGGUCAUGAACUCAAUUCACUUGAUGGAAUGUACAGGACCUUUUAUAUCACAUUAAUUGUUUUAAUGUUCGCUGUAUUUUAAACUUUACACAAAAUAAAUGAGUUAAGAAUCAUAUGUUUUAUGUGAUUUCAAAGCGGAAAUGAACCAUGUGAGUCAGUGAGCUGGGAGGCAGCUGUUUCCACCCGUUUACAGUCUUUAUGCUAAGCUAAGCUAUUUCUCUGAUUAGAAAUAUAAAAUAUUGUACUUUUUAAUGUACUACAUCACAGAUGUAAAUAUUGUACUUUUGCUUUACUAUAUAUCAGAGGUAGCUAUUGUACUUUUACUGGUUUACAUUUAUUUGACUGAUUUACUUUAUAAAUGAUGUAUUAUAUAUAUUAUACAUGUCAUACAAAUGAGCUGCUCCUUUAAAAUGAUGAACACAUUCAUGCAUCAAUGUUAUGUUUCAUUCUGCAUCCGAUUGUUGGUACUUUAAGUAUACCUUGAUGUUCAUACUGUUGUACCUUUACGUCACUUUGAAUGCAGGACUUUUAAAUGUAUCAGAAUAUUUCUACUCUGUGGUAUCAUUAGUAAACAUGUGUUGUUGUCAGUAAAGAUGUGUUGUGGUCAGUAAACAUGUGUUAUAAUAAUAAUAAUAACCUUCAAUUUUAUAUAGCGCUUCUCUAAAUACCCGAAGUCGCUUACAGAGUCCAGAGUCCAGUUGUCAUACACACACACAGUCAUCCCUGUGGUGGUAAGCUACAUCAGUAGCCACAGCUACCCUGGGGCAGACUGACAAGCGAGGCAGCCAAUCAGCGCCUACGGCCCCUCCCCCAAUCAGCGCCUACGGCCCCUCCACCAAUCAGCGCCUACGGCCCCUCCACCACCACCAACACUCAUUCACAUCCAUACGAGCCGGGGUGAGGCUGCGGUGCAUGUCUUUAUGGUGGUGGGGGAAACCGGAGGACCCGGAGUAAACCCACACAGGCACGAGGAGAACACGAGGAGACCACGAGGAGACCACGAGGAGAACAAGAGGAGAACACGCUCCACACAGAAAGGACCUGGAACGACCGGGACGACCGGGAUUCGAACCCAGGGCCUUCUUGCUGUGAGGCGACAGUGAUAACCACUGAGCCACCGUGCUGCCCGUGGUCAGAAAACAUGUGUUGUUGUCAGUAAACAUGUGUUGUGGUCAGUAAACAUGUGUUGUUGUCAGUAAACAUGUGUUGUCAGUAAA